AGCUCAAUCAGCUUCGAAGUGUUGUCUUCAUUCGGAAGAAAGUCGCCUAGGAAAUUAGGUAGCUUGUCCACUAGCUCUGUCUGGGCGGGGCUGGUUGCUGCUCAGGCACUUUGCCCUCAGCGCUUCAACAUUGCCUCCGCUUCUGCACCCGCCAUGGACGUUGCAAAUGCCAGCCCCGAUGGCAGCAUGGUCGACGCGCCUCCGUCCAUCAUUCCAGCCGCGAAGAAGCCCCCGAAUUUGAGUGCAGCCCUGCAAGUUGAGCAGCAGCUUAUGCGGCUUCCCUUUGAGGGUUUCAAGAAGCAGGUGCGGGUCAAUAACAGGGUUGUGGAGAAGGAGAUGAAUGCCGUGGUUGCAGGGGUGGCGGAAGCGUCCUCCAAGAGCUUGAGUCAGGACGAGGCGGUGCGGCAAUUGCGGGGAUUGGUGUCGAGGCUUCAAGGCUUGAAGCGCAAGCUGGACGAGGGGAAUGCACUGGAGCAGAGCCAGGCUCAGCGGUGUCGAGCGCGGAUUGAGCAUCUCAGCCUGAACCUAGGGGACAAAGACUCUCAGCGGAGGUGGGAGACGGCGAGGGUGGAUCGUAUUCUGGUGGACUACAUGCUGCGGAACUCGUACUAUGACACAGCGGUCAAGUACGCAGAGGCCACAAGGAUUCAGGAGUUGGUCGAUGUGGAUGUUUUUAGAGACGCCAAGCGCGUCAUAGACGCCCUGCGGCGCGGGGACUGCUCGGAGGCUCUUGCAUGGUGCGCAGAGAACCGGAAGGCUUUGAAGAAGAGCAAGAGCAAGCUGGAGUUCCAGCUGCGAUUGCAGGAGUUCAUCGAACUAGUGCGGGGGGAAAAGAUGGUGGAGGCGAUCAAGUAUGCACGCAAAUACCUGGCGCCCUGGGGCCAGUCGCACAUGAAGGAGCUGCAGCAGGCGAUGGCCACACUUGCAUUCAAGAAGGACACCGACUGCCCCUCCUACCGGGUGCUCUUUGACUGCGGCCAGUGGGACCGGCUGAUCGACGAGUUCAAGCGCGAGAACUACAAGCUCAACUGCAUGACGCCAGACUCGCUGCUCAGCAUCCACCUGCGGGCCGGCCUCUCCGCGCUCAAAACGCCGUUCUGCUACGAGGAGGGGUGCAGCAAGGAGGACCCGCUGUCGCAGGCAUCAUUCCGCGCGCUCGCGGAGGGCCUCCCGUUCAGCAAGCAGACGCACAGCAAGCUCGUCUGUUCCAUCACACAUGACGUCAUGGACGCCGACAACCCGCCGCUCGUGCUCCCCAACGGUUGCCUCUACUCCAGAAGGGCGAUGGAAGCGAUGGCGGAGAAGCACCACGGCGAGAUCACGUGUCCGAAGACGGGCUUCAAGUGCGAUUUCAGCGACCUGUCCAAGGCGUACAUUUCUUAAGGUUGCUUUGCUGUUGAAACCCACUUGUACACAUAAUAGAAAAAACAUUGCAAGCAGUCCUACACACUGUACAGUAUUGGCACAAAGCUCUUGAAGUUCCCUUGCUCUCCGUCUGCGCUGUUCCCACACAUCGAUUUGUAUUGUUGCCACUUGCGGAAGAAACAGUUUCGCAUUGCAACGCUUUGCUGCAAGAGAGAUCUGGUCC